GCGCGAGUGACAGAUGUACAUGGAAGUGAUCGUGUGAGGCCACGGUUUUGAUUAUAAAGAGAGGAUCAGCGAAAAGAAUAGCGAACAGUUUCGUAUUUGUAUUGGAACAACGUUGGAAUUUUAGAGAUAGAAUUUUGUGAUAUCUUUCAAAAUGAGAACAUCCCAACGGCCUUUUACGUGAGAAACAACCUUAUUGAGUUCUUUAGAUGUAGUUGAAGAAAACCGUAACAACUGGUGAUUAUAAGAAACUGUUCCACCAGAGACAUCGACAACUACGAUGAGAUUCCAAAACAGCAUCUACAUUAGCUACUUGAAACUGAAACGUUUCAUAAUAGGAAGAUCAUUGAUUCUUGUGCUCCUUUUGGGAAUCACAGAUAAGGUGACUUCCCAAGAUGCAGAGUUCGCGCCCCAUGUCACAGCUACUUGUAAAACGGGAACAAUGAAUAUAAAAAUUCAGUUCAAUGUUCCGUACAAUGGAGUAGUUCAUGCAAGAGACUUUCGAACACCACCUUGCAUGACUUUGGGAAACGGAUCGUCGUCCGUUGCUCUAAGUCUCAACCUUCGAGCCCCACAGGACAGCGGUGAUUUUUGUGGCAUUCUAGUCAGCAACGUAAAAGGAGGAGAUCGAUCUGAAGAACGCUCUGUUCAAUUGGCAGUUAGAGUGCAUAAAACGCUAGAGUUGGCCGAUGAUAAAUUCUAUAUUAUAACUUGCGGUAAAACAGGAUUCGCAAGAGAUGACAACUCACCAGUGGUUUUAAAAUUUUUUGAAAAUGACCACCGGGUGCAGGAAACGGUUUACGGACGAAAGUAUACGGUCAGAGCAGAAGUGACUCAUCCAAACGGAACGCAAGGGAUUCGAGUAAAAAACUGUAUCGCGUUCAACAAGAAAAAUAAUAGCAUAUCACUGAUAGACGAUCGCGGGUGUCCGGUAAUGAACAGCGGUACACACAUAUUAACUAGAUUCAAGACAUCCAGCAAUGGAACUUCAGCAACAGCAACGUUAAAUUCAAUGUUCAGAUUUCCAGAAGGAUCAGAAGUUCAUUUUCAGUGUGAUAUCUUGCAAUGCAACGGUAUUUGUGUGGAACCCGAUGAGAAUGUAUGUUCCGAGGAUUUCGACGUAUCUCUCAAAUCUACUAGAGCAUUGGGACAAGCCGACCAAGGAAUGAUUUUAGCAGCUACCACUGUAUUUGUACUGGAUCCAAUCGAUGCAAAACCUCUUGGUUCUCUAUGUGAAGAGAAUGGUAUUCGACCACAUUGGUUGCUGUGGCUGACGAUUGCACUAGCUGUGCUAUUUCUCAUCAUGUUGCUGAUGAACAUUUUCCUUUGUACAGCAAUGAGUUGCAGUUGUGCGAGAACUGAGAUCAUUGAAAAGGAACCAUCUAUCAUAGAGGAGUAUGACCCAUAUCGAAGUUGGCAUGGUUCACAAUAUGGAUCUCGUUACUCAUUGCAUGGUCGCGAUGGAGGACAAAAUAAAGGCUACACCAGUGGCGGCAGUACGAUACACUCAAACCGAUCACUUCCCAUAGACUCAGAUCACUACGCGAUUGUGCACAGCCGUCCAGGAUCAAGGCACUCGGGUAUACAUAGCCAUCGACCACGAGGUCCCCCGAGUAAUAUAUAAAGUUGAUGCAAAUCGAAAUUUCACACGAUUCUAUUGCGCUGAACAUCUUUAUGUCUACGACAAGAAUUAUAACGGUUAUUCUGUGCAACCUUUGCUACAUUUUGUACAUUCGCAGUUUUCCGACUAUUAGUAGCUUAUGUAGAUUAAACUAAUCUUUAUAGUUUAUUCAUCACGAUAUAAUUGGCUGUAUGUGCGGAUUAUUGAUUGAGUUUUGGAAGAAGUCAAACUUAAAUACAAAAUAUAACUCUAACAAAAUCUUUUUUCCAAAAUGAUUGUGGAAUUCUGCUAGAAGAAUUCGUAAUAAAUUUAAUUAAGAAAAACAAUUCGUUUUCAGGAAUUCCAAUGAAUGAAAAUCAAUGUAAAUGAAAUGGAAUUGAGCUAGUUGUUCAAAUCAAUGGACUUAAAUUCAUAUAAUCUGAAAUUAUAGCAUAGCAGAUCUAUUGUCUAUA